UCCAAUAAGCUUAGCAUAGUUCAUUCAAGCAACAAUCUUUAUUCAUUCACAUAAAGUGAAAACACCAUCAUAAACUUCAUCCUCAUUCACAACCACCUUCUCCAAGUUCAACCUGUUAAGAAUAUGGAAAUAAAGAGAUACUUAAGCAGAAGGGGCUAUCGGCGUCUCGACUACGGCACAACCACCACCGGCCAACGAAAGAAGAUGCAGAUCAUACGGAUUAGAGGUCCACAUAGAGAUUGGAGGAUCAGAACAAGUCCAAAGCUAAGAUGGAUGAUAAGAUCACCAGUGAAAUUGGUGAGAAAGGUUAAGAAUGUUUAUAUGAACUUUAUGUUGAAGUUGGCUGGUAAUGUAGGAGGGGCAUUGAACACUGAUAACAAGUUUGGUGUGAAAGGGGCUCCAACGAUUCGGCAAGGGUCUUCUAAAGGUUAUUCUAGUGAUGCAUUUGAGGCCAGGCUUAUAUUUGAGAUUUCUAAGAACUUGGUUGCUUCACAUGAACUAUAUUCCAUAUAAUUGUUUGAUUCUUUUUGUUUUCUUGAUUUUAUUGUAAGAACUCCCAAAUGAUUCCCUAUUAGGAAAUGUUACAGAAUGAAUUCAAUUGUAUCUUAGUUUUGACUGUAUAAUUGUGUGUUUUCUCUCUUACUGCACGAAUCAGAGUUCUUAUAACUAAUAACUUACAUGCCAGCAUUAGAUGUAUUUCA